AGAACAAGAUGUUUUAUCUGUUAUAAUAUAACUCGACGAAUUUGCUUCGUUCUGAAUUAAGGUUCUGACAGCCCAGCAACAGAGACCAACCGACUUCAAUAUUUCAACGGCGGCGUUAAACUAAUCCCCACCUAUAUUAUCCCACCGCCUCCACAACUUGGCUGUGCGUAUAUAUUUCGACGCCGGUUCAAACCCAAACUCGUUUGCAGAUGCUGCUACUGGGUCGUAGUCGUGUUUCGACAACGUAGAGAUUGAUAAGCCUUAGCUAGGUAAAGUUUGAAGUUUCCGUACAUCAUUUCGUUGAGACAUAUAUGUGUUUUUUAAAGGUGGCGAAUCCCAGCAGAGACAGAGACGACGACCGCGCCGCCGCGGCGGGGCAAGGGAAUGAGACACCACAAACGGAAGAACAGAGAGACCUUAUUGAAGAGUGGCUGCUUUUCGAGCCUCUGCUCUUUUCUCAGCAACAACGACGUGGCAGUGGUGGAGGAGGAGGGAUAAUGGCGUCGUCGUCAAUGCUGUUGAGGUUGGAUAGGGAGAGGGAGAUGUCGGCUAUGGUUUCGGCUCUGACGCAUGUUGUGACCGGAGAGGAGCAGGCUCAUGAGGUUGAUGAUUUGAAUUCGUCGCCGGGCGGUGUUGGGAGCAAGAGAGGAAGAGAAGACGACGGUGGUGGUGGUGGUGGUGGUGGAGAGCACGUGACAGAGUCGGUUUCAAGGCUUUGCAGAGCAUUUGGUGAUUUUCCACAGCAGGGUUCAUCUUCCUCGUCCUCUGUUUUACCAGAAAACUCGAUCACAAGAAAUAGGAGUACUAAUGUCACACCAGGUAUACAAACAGCAUAUGAAUAUAGGGCACCUCAGAUAUCAGAGCAACCAACAAGAAGAAAAUACAGAGGAGUGAGGCAGAGGCCAUGGGGGAAAUGGGCAGCAGAGAUCAGAGACCCGUUCAAGGCUGCCAGAGUUUGGUUAGGCACAUUCGACACAGCAGAAGCCGCCGCGCAAGCCUAUGAUACAGCUGCCUUGCGCUUCCGAGGCAACAAGGCCAAACUCAACUUCCCGGAAAACGUUAGACUCCGUUCACUACCCUCAUCAGCUGCAGAAAAUAAUCCAAUGACGAGUCAACCUACUGUUUCGGGUUCUCCGAAUGCCCUUCUCUCCAUUCCUACAUCCACCGAGGCUAUUGUUCACUCCCAUGCAGCUACUUCAUUCCAACAACAAAGGGCGCCUAUGAAUCUUUAUGAUCAGAUGGUUUUGUUGUCUUCGUCUUCAUCUCCAUCAGCUACUACUUCUUCUUCUACACUUGCCUCCUCUGUUUCCUCUACCUCUUCUUCGCCGCCACCACAUGUCUUCUCAUCACGUUUUAUUGCUCAGUCAACUUCACCGGUUCAGCUCAGACAAGCCCCCGGUGAUCGUAGUGGCGGAGCUGAUUCGUCAAUGCAGCAUCAGUGGUCUACGAGCUCCGGUCACCACAGUACUUCCUAGAUGAUAUUUGUUUAACCUUUUUCCUUUUUUCCGUUAAACAUGAUAUUGUUUUCGGUUUUGAAAUUAGUUGUUGUAUCAUUUCUGUAGCCUCUUACUCAUAAAUACAAAUAUUUAUUUUGUAGUUCUGCUUUGACAAACAUUUGAAAAAUCUAUACU